CUUUACAAGGCACUGGCCUUUGGACAUCAGAUCCACGCCUUUGUGACUGCAUGAAUCUGAUGCGGAAAGCAGCUCAGGAUCCCAGCACUGGAGGAACACUGAACGGAGAGCUUUUCCGGAAGUGUGUGAGAAGCAAUAUUGUCCUGUUGACCCAGGCCUUCCUGAAGAAACUUGUCAUCCCUGACUUCCAGUUCACCUCUCAUGUGGAACAAAUUUUUGAGAGCACCAAAGGACUCUGGGAGGGCAAGGUGGCAAACUACAUCCCACAGCUGGCAAAGUGUAAUCCAGACAUCUGGGGUGUUUCACUUUGCACAGUAGAUGGACAAUGGUGACAUUCUAUGGGCCACACCAAGACCCCCUUCUGCCUGUAGGCCUGUGUGAAACCUCUAAAAUAUGCCAUUGCUGUCAAUGAACUGGGUACCAAACAAGUGCAUCAGUAUGUGGGCAAAGAGCCCAGUGGGCUGCGUUAUGACAAACUCUCUCUCAAUGAGGAAGGGAUUCCCCAUAACCCCAUGGUGAAUGCAGGGGCCAUUGUCAUCAGUUCUCUCAUCAAGAUGGGGUGCAAGAAAGCUGAGAAGUUUGAUUACAUGAUAGAUUAUUUGAAGAUGGCAGGAAAUGAGUAUGUUGGAUUCAGCAAUACCACAUAAGGCAACUUUGGGGAUGAAUUUCAAUCAGAGAAAGAAACGGGAGACCGGAAUUAUGCCAUUGGGUACUACCUGAAGGACAAAAAGUAUUUUCCACAUGGUGUAAACAUGAUGGCAGCCCUUGACUUGUAUUUCCAACUGUGCUGUGUGGAAGUGACCUGUGAGUCUGGCAGUGUCAUGGCAGCCACACUAGCCAAUGGCGGGAUCUGUCCUAUCACCAGAGAGUGUAUGCUGAGUGAUGAAGCUUUCCGCAACACCCUCAGCGUCAUGCACUCAUGUAGCAUGUAUGACUUUUCAGGGCAGUUUGCAUUCCAUAACAAGACUGUUGUAAACUUGCUCUUUGCUGCCUACAGUAGAGAUGUCUCUGCUCUUCGGAGAUUUGCUCUGUCAGCUAUGGACAUGGAGCAGAAAGAUUAUGAUUAUGUAGCUGCAGCUGAAGGAUCACCGUCCUCACCGACUCUGGCAAGGCAGUCAGGGCCGGAUCCUCCAGGCCCCCAGCGGCAGGCUUCUCGAUCCGGGUGGGAGUUCGACCGUCCUGGGAUCGACAACAGGUCCGGACGCGGGGUCGAGAGGAGGACGCAUCUCCUGGAGUGGGGAGAAGGGUGCGAAACCACGGUGUGUCUCGGCCCACCCUGGGGUGAUCAGGAUCGCGUUCCCCGAGACUUAUGUGGGCGCUGGGGGUUGUCGGUGCACGGGCGGAGGUCGGAGCCCACGCGGGCCACAAGCCGGAGGUGGGGGCACGGUCCCGGCCGGGACCACACACACGUGGACGGCGGGACUCUCCCGAUACACGCUGUGGAGACACUUGCCCGAGUGAUGAAGCGGGGGGCGCCAACGCGGACAGAAGAGGACCGCGAACCCCUCCUCCUGCACUUUCCCCAGGGCGAUGCCGAACAGUUCCCUAGUCUCCUACUCCCCUGGACAAUCACUAUCUUCUUAAUGUGGCUUCUUUGCAGGUGGGAGAACAUUGCCUUAGAUGAUGCUAUCCAAUUUAAUCAUUUGGAGGUGGUGAAGUUGCUCAAGGAUUAUCAAGACACAUACGUCCUGGGAGCCAGACAAGCUGAAGCAGCAGCCGAAAAUCUCUCCAAGGAGAACUUGGAAAGUAUGGUUUGAGAACAGCAUGCAGAUGCAAGCAAGAAUGGCUUCCUAGGCUGAAUGCACUUAAGGGCCAACUUUAGCGGAAAGAAGUCGUCUAUGGACUUUUUCACACAGAGGACAUGCAUCACCAUUCCGAAAGAAGAAGAAAGUGGGGCCAAUUCGGAAAUGCAUGUAAUUACGUACUACCUCAUCACACACAACUGAGAACAGCAUCCACCCAAA